AAGAUGGACAUUUUUCAGAAAAUCGAGAAGAUUGGUGAGGGAACAUAUGGUGUUGUUUAUAAAGCAAAAAAUAAAGUAACGGGCCAGUCCGUAGCGCUGAAAAAGAUUCGCCUUGAUGCCGAUACAGAGGGUGUGCCAAGUACUGCCAUAAGAGAGAUAUCACUUCUAAAGGAACUCAGUCACCCAAACAUAGUCAAGCUACUGGAUGUGGUGCACACAGAGAAGAAGCUUUAUCUGGUGUUUGAGUUUCUAAACCAGGAUCUGAAGAAGUACAUGGACUCCUCCCAGCCUGCUGGCCUGCCCCUCACACUGGUUCAGAGCUACGUGCUCCAGCUCCUCCAGGGCAUCGCGUUCUGCCACUCCCACCGCGUGGUCCACCGGGACCUGAAGCCCCAGAACCUGCUGCUGAACCAGGCCGGCGCCAUCAAGCUGGCCGACUUCGGGCUGGCGCGCGCGUUUGGGGUUCCGCUGCGCAGCUACACGCACGAGGUGGUGACGCUCUGGUACCGAGCCCCAGAGAUCCUGCUGGGCUGCAAGUACUACUCCACCGCCGUGGACAUCUGGAGCAUCGGCUGCAUCUUCGCCGAGAUGGUUGCUAAGCGCCCGCUGUUCCCGGGCGACUCGGAGAUCGACCAGCUGUUCCGCAUCUUCAAGAAGCUGGGCACGCCCAACGAGGACCUGUGGCCCGGGGUGUCCCAGCUGCCCGACUACAAAUCGCGCUUCCCCCGCUGGGCCCCGCAGGACCUGGGCGCGGUCACCCCCAAACUGCAGCCGGCGGGACGGGAGCUGCUCCAGAAACUGCUGUGCUACGACCCGUCCCAGCGCAUAUCAGCCAAGGCGGCUCUGACCCACCCAUACCUCUGCAGCCUGGGGAGCUGA